GGAACUCGCCAUAGAGUUCACUUCCUGUGUGACAGCUCCAUUGGCAUUCACGAAAAGCUGGCCUGUGGCGCAUAUCUUACACCGGAGUGACGACAUGGCCUUCCGCAUUUCAGUUACAAAGAUGAGGAAGAAUAUGACAGUCACACUCCCCUUCUCCUCAGACUUUGAGCGGGAGUUUCUGGAGGCCCACAACGCUUACCGGCAGGAUCACGGGGCACCGCCACUGACGCUGAGCGGAGAGCUGUGUGUCUCCGCACAGAGCUGGGCCGAUCACCUGCUUGCCAUCAGGAUGCUGAAGCACAACCCCCAGUCAGACAAGGGCGAGAAUAUCUUCUGUAUGCAGAGCUCCAGUCCCAUGAAGAUCUCAGGGAAGCAGCCAGUGGAAAAGUGGUACAAUGAGAUCAAAGACUACAACUUCAGCAGGCCUGGAUUUGCACCCAACACAGGUCAUUUCACCCAGGUGGUGUGGAAGGAUACUAAGGAGUUGGGGGUGGGCAUUGCAACAGACGGGACUACCAUCUUCGUGGUUGGCCAGUAUUUGCCUCCAGGAAACAUGAACGUCCAAAGCUAUUUUGAGAGGAAUGUCUUACCAUCAGCGGGAAAAGUUAGUGGAAGCGACAGCAAGCUCCCCACUCCUACCACCAAGGGCACCACCAGCCCAACCGGCACAACUGGACUCUCUGCAAACACCGGCAACUUCGAGAAGGAGGCGCUAGAGGCCCACAAUGCUCGGCGGCAGCAACACGGGGCACCACCUCUCAGCCUGGACCUGGACCUGUGCCGGGAGACGCAAAAGUGGGCCGAACACCUGGUACAGCAAAACGCUUUGCAGCAUAGCGACACUGACCUGGGCGAGAACAUCUUUUAUAAGUGGUCCUCCAAUAAAGCUCCAGUAUCAGGAAAAGACGCAGUGGAGUCCUGGUACAGUGAGAUCAAGGACUAUGAUUUCAGCAAGUCUGGACAUCAGGAGAAAACAGGUCACUUCACUCAGGUGGUCUGGAAGGACUCUCAGGAAAUGGGCAUCGGCAUGGCGACGGACGGAAAGGGGAAGGUGAUUAUGGUAGCCCGGUACCGGCCAGCGGGGAACAUCACCAACCCUGGCUACUAUGAGCGAAAUGUCCUCCCACCACAGAGUAAGGGGACAAGUGUGAAGCAAGCAUCCACCGAACCAGACAAGGGGGUCAUCAGAGACAGACAAGGAGGAGGGAGCGGAGGUGACAGAAAGCCCCCCACCCUUACCACCAAGGACACCAGCAGCCCAACCGGGACAACUGGACUCUCUGUCACCACCGCCAACUUCCAGAAGGAGGCGCUGGAGGCCCACAAUGCUCGGCGGCAGCAACACGGGGCACCACCACUCAGCCUGGACCUGGGCCUGUGCCGGGAGACGCAGAAGUGGGCCGAACACCUGGUACAGCAAAACGCUUUGCAGCAUAGCGACACUGACCUGGGCGAGAACAUCUUUUAUAAGUGGUCAUCCAAUAAAGCUCCAGUAUCAGGAAAAGACGCAGUGGAGUCCUGGUACAGUGAGAUCAAGGACUAUGAUUUCAGCAAGUCUGGAUAUCAGGAGAAAACAGGUCACUUCACUCAGGUGGUCUGGAAGGACUCUCAGGAAAUGGGCAUCGGCAUGGCGACGGACGGAAAGGGGAAGGUGAUUAUGGUAGCCCGGUACCGGCCAGCGGGGAACAUCACCAACCCUGGCUACUAUGAGCGAAAUGUCCUCCCACCACAAAGUAAGGGGACAAGUGUGAAGCAAGCAUCCACCGAACCAGACAAGGGGGUCAUCAGAGACAGACAAGGAGGGGGGAGCGGAGGUGACAGAAAGCCCCCCACCCCUACCACCAAGGACACCAGCAGCCCAACCGGGACAACUGGACUCUCUGUCACCACCGCCAACUUCCAGAAGGAGGCGCUGGAGGCCCACAAUGCUCGGCGGCAGCAACACAGGGCACCACCACUCAGUCUGGACCUGGGCCUGUGCCGGGAGACGCAGAAGUGGGCCGAACACCUGGUACAGCAAAACGCUUUGCAGCAUAGUGACACUGACCUGGGCGAGAACAUCUUUUAUAAGUGGUCAUCCAAUAAAGCUCCAGUAUCAGGAAAAGACGCAGUGGAGUCCUGGUACAGUGAGAUCAAGGACUAUGAUUUCAGCAAGUCUGGAUAUCAGGAGAAAACAGGUCACUUCACUCAGGUGGUCUGGAAGGACUCUCAGGAAAUGGGCAUCGGCAUGGCGACGGACGGAAAGGGGAAGGUGAUUAUGGUAGCCCGGUACCGGCCAGCGGGGAACAUCACCAACCCUGGCUACUAUGAGCGAAAUGUCCUCCCACCACAAAGUAAGGGGACAAGUGUGAAGCAAGCAUCCACCGAACCAGACAAGUGGGUCAUCAAAGACAGACAAGGAGGAGGGAGCGGAGGUGACAGAAAGCCCCCCACCCUUACCACCAAGGACACCAGCAGCCCAACCGGGACAACUGGACUCUCUGCAAACACCGCCAACUUCCAGAAGGAGGCGCUGGAGGCCCACAAUGCUCGGCGGCAGCAACACAGGGCACCCCCACUCAGCCUGGACCUGGGCCUGUGCCGGGAGACGCAGAAGUGGGCCGAACACCUGGUACAGCAAAACGCUUUGCAGCAUAGCGACACUGACCUGGGCGAGAACAUCUUUAAUAAGUGGACAUCCAAUAAAGCUCCAGUAUCAGGAAAAGACGCAGUGGAGUCCUGGUACAGUGAGAUCAAGGACUAUGAUUUCAGCAAGUCUGGAUUUCAGAAAAAAGCAGGUCACUUCACUCAGGUGGUCUGGAAGGACUCUCAGGAAAUGGGCAUCGGCAUGGCGACGGACGGAAAGGGGAAGGUGAUUAUAGUAGCCCGGUACCGGCCAGCGGGGAACAUCACCAACCCUGGCUACUAUGAGCGAAAUGUCCUCCCACCACAGAGUAAGGGGACAUACUAACUUACUCAGUCCCUCUCUUAGUAAAGCUCUGCUUACAAUCUGUCCUCUCAACUUGGUAACUUGGAAUAUCUGUGUAAUUGCCUUCCAGGUGAAAAGAAUUAACCCUUUCAUGCAUGAAUUAUGAGUCAAAUUUAUUUGCUCUCUUGUUUUGUUUUUCAUGGAAAAAGAACAUAUUUUAAUAUUUUUCUGUCUCUGUAAUAUUUUAAAAAUCAUCCAGAUGCCCACUCCAGUGGACAGCAGGCGUUUGCGACAUUACAAUACUAUAAUGGCGACAUUGUAUUGCUACAAUAAUAGAUACAUUUACCAACGAAAUUCAUUGUCAUUUCAUUGUUACUUUAUGAAAGCUGUGAUGGAACUUAGAAAGCUUGAUAUUUUUGCGUGCUAUUUUUACAUUUUUAACAUGGACUUCCCAAUAAAACUAAAAAUAUGAAAGCCA